CAACAACACAUACGAACGGUAGCGGCGAAUUUUUCCUGCAGCUGACCGCGCGCAAGCUGUUUGCGAGCGCGCAGUUUUCGACAUGCAGAUAAAGUACUUGAAGACUCUUAUGCCCCCUCAGGACGGGGCGGCCAAGGUAGUGGCCAUGGCGUGGUCGCCCAACAACGUCAAACUGGCCGUCUGCACGGCUGACAGGGUCGUGCUGCUUUUCGACGAGAUGGGAGAGCGCCGUGACAAGUUCUCCACAAAGCCCAUCGACUCCAAGUACGGGAAGAAGAGCUACGUGGUCAAGGCCAUUUCCUUCUCUCCAGAUUCCGCCAAAUUGGCUGUUGCGCAAACUGACAACAUCAUCUACGUCUACAAAAUUGGAGAAGACUGGGGCGAGAAGAAGGUGAUAUGCAACAAGUUCAUCCAGCAGAGUGCCGUCACGUGUAUGACUUGGCCCCAUCACGGCCCCAUCGUAUUCGGACUCGCCGAGGGAAAAGUGCGCAGCGCCAACGUCAAGACCAACAAGUCGUCUACGUUAUAUGGCACCGACUCCUAUGUCGUCUCUGUGGUCAGCAGCAUCUCAGGCAAGGGCAUCCUCUCCGGACAUGCUGACGGGAGCGUGGUACGAUACUUCCUCACCGAUGACGACAGCGGUGAGGUUCAGGGAAAAGUCCUGACACACCCGUGCCCACCAUACGCGCUGUGCUGGACGGAGCAGUCCAUCAUGGCGGCCGGCUGCGACAAGCGUAUUGUGUUCUACGCUCCACGCGAAAGUCGUGUGCAGCAGCAGUUCGACUACAGUCGGCAGCCGGACGAGCACGAGUUCUCCGCGGCGGCAUGCAGCCCCGGGGGACACGCCCUGGCCGUCGGCAGCUACGACAGUCACAAGCCAACUAUCACUCAAGUUCUUCACCAGCUCACAAAGGCAUAUGCGUAUUUCAAGACCAUUGAUCUCAAUGAUUACCGAAAGUGA